AAGGUCGUUAGCCACAUGUAAACAAUAUCACGUAAUGAAGAUGAAAUGGAAUGAAUGAUCCACAGAUUGACUUAUUACCAAGAUUCCAUUACAAGGAUCAUUAAAUUUUAUCACUUAAAGUUGGUAACCUGGAUGAUACCAAAAUGGUAAAAGCAAAGAAAAAAGUUCCCACUGCUUCUAAAGAAGAGUUGAUGAUGAUGACAGUCUCAGAAAUUGUCAAUGAAUUAAUUAAAGCAGAUCAAGAAGGCAAAGAUGUCAACUUGAACAAAGUGAAGACGAGAAUAUCCAGUAAAUAUGGUUUACCUAGUCAACCUAGAUUAGUAGAUAUUAUAGCUGCUGUACCACAGCAAUAUAAAAAGGCAUUGGUUCCUAAAUUAAAAGCGAAACCAGUGAGAACAGCUAGUGGAAUAGCUGUAGUAGCAGUUAUGUGUAAACCUCAUCGUUGUCCUCAUAUAGCUAUGACUGGUAAUAUCUGUGUAUAUUGUCCUGGUGGUCCAGAUUCAGAUUUUGAAUAUUCUACACAGUCAUAUACUGGUUAUGAACCCACAUCAAUGAGAGCUAUUAGAGCAAGAUAUAAUCCAUAUUUACAAACCAGACAUAGAGUAGAACAGUUACAACAACUAGGACAUAGUGUAGAUAAAGUAGAGUUUAUAGUAAUGGGAGGUACGUUUAUGAGUUUACCUGAAGAUUAUCGAGAUUAUUUUAUACGUAAUUUACAUGAUGCUCUAUCUGGUCAUACUAGCUGUAAUGUCAAUGAAGCUGUCAAGUUUUCUGAAAAGAGCACAACAAAAUGUAUUGGCAUCACCAUAGAAACCAGACCAGAUUAUUGUCUGAAAAAACAUCUGAGUGAUAUGUUAAAUUAUGGCUGUACUAGAUUAGAAAUUGGUGUACAAAGUGUUUAUGAAGAUAUUGCUAGAGAUACCAAUAGGGGUCAUACAGUAAAAGCUACGUGUGAAUCUUUUCAAAUGUCCAAAGAUGCUGGGUUUAAAGUGGUGUCACAUAUGAUGCCUGAUUUACCUAAUAUCGGGUGGGAGAGAGAUAUAGAACAAUUUAUUGAAUUUUUCGAAAAUCCUGCUUUCAGAGCAGACGGGUUAAAAAUUUAUCCUACAUUGGUGAUAAGAGGUACAGGAUUAUAUGAGCUAUGGAAGACAGGUAGAUAUAAGAGUUAUCCUCCCAGUGUACUGAUAGAUCUGGUAGCUAGAAUAUUAGCCCUAGUACCACCCUGGACUAGAAUCUACAGAGUUCAAAGAGAUAUACCAAUGCCUUUAGUAACAUCUGGUGUGGAACAUGGUAAUCUGAGAGAGUUAGCUCUAGCUCGUAUGAAAGAUCUGGGCACACAAUGUAGAGAUGUUCGGACUAGAGAAGUGGGUAUUCAGGAAAUACAUCAUAAAGUCAAACCCUAUGAGGCUGAACUAAUAAGAAGAGAUUAUGUAGCUAAUGGUGGCUGGGAGACAUUUUUAUCAUAUGAAGAUCCGGAACAAGAUAUAUUAAUAGGGUUGCUACGGUUACGCAAGUGUUCAGAAGAGACUUUUAGACCAGAGUUAGUGGGGGGAUGUUCAGUUGUACGAGAAUUACAUGUUUAUGGUAGUGUGGUUCCUGUUCACGCUAGAGAUCCUACUAAAUUUCAACAUCAGGGAUUUGGUAUGUUAUUAAUGGAGGAAGCUGAAAGAAUAGCUAAAGAAGAACAUGGUUCGUGGAAAAUAGGUGUCAUAUCAGGUGUUGGAACCAGAAAUUACUACAGAAAAAUUGGUUAUGAAUUAGAAGGACCUUAUAUGACUAAAAUACUGGGAGACAAAACUGAGGAAUGAUGGACAAGGGAAUUAAACUGAUUAACUCGAAUCUACUUCCAAAGCUUUAGAAACUGUGCUUGAACAGCCCAAAUAGUGUCAGUUUCCCUCGACCAGUGCUUCUAUAAGAGAUUAUCUCCUAUACAACUUUACACUCAGAGACAAAUAUAUGAAAAAAUUGAAAAUUGUUAAAAGUUCGAUAAAAAGAAAUGAAGUUUUUAAAUCUUAUGUUCUGUCUCUUCAUUUGGCAAUGUCAUGCAGUAUACAAUGAGGGAAAUUUAUAUAUAUCUCUGAAGUCUGGUACUUCUAUAGCGAUUGUCGUGUAGUUGAAUUACUUAAUUGUCGUUAAGGUAGCUCGAUUUAUUUGUGGUCUGAAAUAUUUUGACGGCAGUUAUUUCCCUUUAACUAACUUUCUUCAGUCCAAAUAUAAUUUAUUGCGACUUAAAAAAUGAAAAACUCAGUGUAUAGAUGUCAAUGCGACAUACCUGUCUUAUGCUAAUUAUGAAAUUGUUAUAUAACAAUGUAUGUAUAAAAUGUUGAAUAUAAAGUGCUAAAAAGGU